UCCUGAACUGUGGUAAUGUAUCACACGCACAAGCGCACAGAGAAAUGGGAGGGCUAAAGAUGAUGGGCUGGUGUGAUAAAGGAGUCAUAAAAGCAGGUUUCAGAAAAUAUCCUCUGGUCAUUCGGGAAAAGAAGAAAGUCAUCACUGACAGCCUCUCAGGAUAGAAGAGCAACUUUCAAGCACUGACUUAUUCCCUGCCACAUAACUCUGAGACGAUGCAUCUUUCCAUACUAACUCUAUGCCUUCUCGCCGCAGUUUUGCAUGGAGGGCAUACCUCCACAAUACCACCUGCAACAACAGAAAGUGGCGCAAGUGCCGCAACAGACACAAGUGGCUCAACUGAGCUGCCCACAGGUGGUGCAAGCAGUGAACCCGUUACUGCUACAACUGGUGCAUCCUCCCCUACCGCAACUAUCCAGUCCACCGCACAAACUGCAGCAACAGACAGCACUGAUGUUACCACUGGCCCUGUGACAGAAGAGUCAUCAGGGCUUUCGUCUGGCGCUAUAGCUGGUAUUACCAUCGGCUCUAUCGCUGGGGUGGCUGCACUUGGUGGUGGUGUCUUCGGUGCAUUGAAGUACACCGGAAAGAUCUAAGACCAUCAGAUCGGGCCAAACGAUGGAUUAAAUGGUUAAGGAUUGAGACAUUUACCUCCCUAAGGUCAAACAAAUUCAUUACUGACCCCGAACAAUGGAAGGUCCUGUUGUCUGAAAGGCCCAAAAUAAUUUAUGUAGAUGCCUAAAUCCUGGAAGAUGAUGAAAUGGGCCAAGAGGAAGACACAAAAGUAAAUUUGACUACUUUGCUAUUUUGAUUAUCUGGCUUUUAGGUCAGGGAAUAAUCCAUAGUUGAUCAAAUGUAUUAUGAUAGAAUGUAUUUUAUAAGAAUUUGAUGUUUUUUCUUUAAAGUCAGAUAAAAUAUAUUUCUCUUAAUAUAUGUUUGGUCUUGUGGAUUUCUAUUGUAUUUAAAAAUAAUGAAGCAGGUUUUGUAAUAAGCAUAUUUUUCUACAAUGGCAGGUCAUGGUGUGCAGCACUCAUCAGACCUCUUUGCCACUGUGUCAGUAGAUAAGCUGAGUAAUUUUAUAGCUGAAUAUUGAUAAUGAUGAUAUUGUUUUCUUUUAUUAAGUGGGUUUUUGAACCCAAAUUCUGCAUUUCUAUUGAGGAAAAAACUUCAAAAUCACUUUAUACUUUUAAUAAAUACCUGUUUCCCCCA